UAGCCUGAUUUGCAGGCAGCCUCUUGCAGGCCAUAGAAAAAUUCGAAAGGGCUGUAUCCGGCCCACGGGCCGCUAGUUGAACAGGCCUGCUGUAAAGGGACAGGGGCAUGAAGAAGACGCCAGUGGCUUACUUUCAGGAAAAAGGUCUAACAGUGGUUGGCACAGUAAAAGACUACAGAAAUUUUACCUACAAACUGCAUUUCCACAUAAGGACUACGAUGCAACUGACUUGACAAAUGACAUAAUGUUACUCAAGAUGAGCUCCAAGGCACAUUUCAGCAACACUGUGAAACCCAUUGGUCUCACAGGUCAAGGUGACGGCUCUCUGCCAAAAUCAUGUAUAGUCUCCGGCUGGGGCGCAACAAGCAGCAACAAAGGACAUAUGUCUCAUAGACUCAUGGAAGCCAAUGUAACACUAAGUGAUGAAGAGCAGUGUGUUAUCGAAAACUCAUACUGCUCUCAGGGAGACCGGGUGUGGGAGACGCUGAUGGUCCACUGUUCUAUGAAGAUGGAAAGGCAUACGGGGUAUUGUCCUACACCUCCAGUCCACAUGGAGGUGGCCCAAAAAUGUACAAUUAUGCCAAGAUUCCUGACUAUAGAUACUGGAUCGAUUCAUUCAUGAAAUAUAAUGGAAAGCUCUAAUACGUGUUACAUUCAAUUGACCAAAUCCAAUUUGAAUUUACGGUAGACUACUUCAUUUAAAUUGUAUAACACUGGAGAAUUUCAAAAUUGAUAAUUAAGUUGCUGUUAUCAUUUGCUCCAUAGCAAUGACACUGCUAAAUAUGCUUUGCACAGAUUUAAAAAUUCAAAAUAUACUUUACUUCAAUGUUUCUAAAUCAUAUCAAUGAAAUUUUCUUUAGGCAAGUUGAAUCAAAAAAUUGU